AUGGUGUGCAGCUGUUGUGCAGCCCUGGAGGGCGUGAGACUGUCCGUCACGCCCACCACGCCACCCACGCCUACGCCUUCACAAGCCGCCCCAUACUGGAUGCGCCCCGCCCCGCCUGAUCCUCCGACGGACACCUCAGGCGGGGCGCCGGGCGAGGAGGGGACGGAGGGGCCUGGGUCAACACAUACCCCAGCUCCUCUAGGAGCCACACGGGGCCUCCAGGAAACACAGGUGCCGGGCGGCGCACCCCACACUGUCUUCCCGCAGCCCCUCCCGCAGGAAACACCCGCGCCCCCAGCCUCCCCUUCCCCAACCUUGGCCACACAGACGCUGGGUGCGACUGCGGGUCCCGCACUACGGGCGGCCACCGUGAAGCAGGUCACAUCGGGGGCUGCCGUGGCGGGGACUGAGGCUCCCCAGGGCGCAGAACUAGGCGACUCUUCUUCUUCAAGAAAAACUCAGGUCACGUCGCGGCCAGGCUUCUCCAAUGGCCUGGCGGGCCGCCCACCCCCCGCCAGCAGCCCUGAUCACUCGCCGGCCAUCAAAGCCUCGUCAGGGCCUCCUGUCACCCCGCUCACUCCCCGCACCCUCGCUCCGGCUGGGAGUCCGCCGCCGAAUUGGGCCAAUGGGCGUCUGGGCACCUCCAGCGGGAAUCCAGGCCACUCGCCGCCCCCCCGGUCCCCCGCCCUCCCUCCCCCCAGCCCCAUUGACACCUCCCAGACAGACCGAGCACAGCUGGCGAGGAUUUGGAGCGCUGGUGAGGACGACCAGUGGGCGGGCGGCGGGCGGCGUGACGGCCUGAGGCAGAGGCCCCCGUGGGCGUGGACCAAGGGCAGGCGGCGGCGGCGGAAGCUGCCAGGAGAGCCUUCACCUCCACUCUCUGACCUGCCCCCCGUCCCCGCCCUGCCUCGUGCACCUGCACAGACACCCAGCCGCCCCGGGAGAGUGGAAAGCAGUUCCCAUGACAGCAUAGGGGGAGGGAGUGACGCACGAGUGCCCAUGAGUGUCGUGCAGGCGGCGCCGCAGCCGGGUGGCGGGGAAGGCGCCGGCAGGUACGAGGUGCAGCGGCCUGGCGGCGGCCACAUCGAUUUCAAGGUGACAGAGACGGGCGAGUUCGAUGGGUUCAGCGUCACGCGGACCGAGGAGGUGGACGACGCGCCCUCAGCCCCCCAUCAGGCCAGUGGUUCUGGGGCGGACGUGACGCGCGGAGAGGCGGCGAGUGACCGUCACGACAGUCCGGGAGGAGAGUGGCAGGUCUCCUGGGGGCACCCCACUCCCUGA